ACUGCAUUCAGUUGCAAAUCACUGUUUGGCUGACAAAGCCGUCGUCCUGUCCCCCACAGCCCCAAACCUUCUCACGCUGAGCACUGCGGCUCUAUCAGCAGUAACAUCUCUGUGAGGGGCAGCAACACCUCUUCCUGUGAGGGACUGUUCUUAUUAAUCAGGGGCACUGAAUGGAAACCAAUCAGAUAGAGAGUCCCUUUUGCUUCUGCUCGCUGCCUGCCUGACUUAAAAGUGAUGCUGGGAGAGAGAGAGCCCUAGAGAGAUGCAAGUGCAUUCAGCGCUGGAGAUACGGUAACAUGCAGAAGGGAGGAAGCAGGUAGAGAAGCAGCAAUGAACGGACAGAGCUAGGCUCACGCUGACAGACUCGGUUCUACUUACAAGAGGAAUAUAACAUUUGAAAAAAAUUUUUCUGGUGAAUUAUUAGAGGAGUGGAGGCUAACAGCAUCUCUGUAAAUGAUGAGGACUUACUCCUUCCUGACAGUUUUGCUUUGGAGCUAUAUGUUUCAUGUGAUUCACAUGAUGCCAUCCCAAAAAAGGACUAACAAGCACUCACACAGUGAAAAGAUAACAGAAUUGUCAGAGAAUGAUGGAAAAACACUGCACCGCACCAAGCGUGGUUGGAUGUGGAAUCAAUUUUUCUUGCUGGAGGAAUACACAGGUCCAGAUACUCAAUACGUGGGCAAGCUACACACUGACCAAGAUAAAGGAGAUGGAAAUUUAAAAUACAUAUUAACAGGAGAUGGGGCUGGCAGUCUGUUCAUUAUAGAUGAAAAUACAGGAGAUAUUCAUGCUGCAAAGAAAUUGGACAGAGAAGAAAAGUCCCUGUAUGUGCUACGUGCCAAGGCUAUAGACAGAAAAACUGGAAGACAAGUGGAGCCAGAGUCUGAAUUUAUCAUUAAAAUCCAUGAUAUCAAUGACAAUGAACCAAAAUUCACCAAGGACAUGUACACCGCCAGUGUUCCAGAGAUGUCUGGAGUCGGUACAUCUGUUAUUCAGGUGACAGCCACAGACGCUGAUGAUGCCAACUAUGGAAACAGUGCCAAAGUAGUGUACAGCAUCCUCCAGGGGCAGCCAUAUUUCUCAGUGGAUCCAGAAACAGGCAUAAUCAAGACUGCUUUACCGGACAUGAGCAGAGAAAACAGGGAACAGUAUCAAGUGGUCAUCCAGGCCAAAGACAUGGGAGGCCAGAUGGGAGGACUAUCAGGGACCACCACCGUGAAUAUCACACUGACUGAUGUCAACGACAAUCCACCUCGCUUCCCCCAGAGAACCUACCAAUUCAGCUCUCCUGAAUCCGCACCACCUGGGACUCCUCUUGGCAGAAUUAAAGCCAAUGACCCUGACGUGGGAGAAAAUGCAGAGAUUGAGUACAGCAUCUCCAGUGGGGAUGGAUCAGACAUGUUUGAUAUCGUCACUGACAAGGACACACAGGAAGGGAUUAUAACUGUCAAAAAGCAUCUGGAUUUUGAAAACAAGGUGCUAUAUACCUUAAGAGUGGAAGCAACAAAUGCUCAUCCUGAUCCUCGUUUUCUUCAGCUGGGGCCAUUCAAAGACACGGCUUUGGUCAAAAUUUCUAUUGAAGACAUUGAUGAACCUCCAAUGUUCAGCAGACCCUGGUAUUUAAUAGAGGUAGAUGAAGAUGCCAGGGAAGGAAGCAUUAUUGGGCAAGUUGUAGCCCAAGAUCCAGAUAUAGCAAAGAAUGCAAUAAAAUAUUCUGUGGAUCGACACACUGACCUUGACAGAAUAUUCAACAUCUAUUCAGGAAAUGGAUCCUUAUUCAUCUCAAAGCCACUUGACCGAGAAGAAACUCCCUGGCACAACAUCACUGUCAUAGCAACUGAAAUGAAUAAUCCCAAACAAAGUAGCCAGAUACCUGUCUUCAUCCGGAUUUUAGACAUAAAUGAUCAUGCACCAGAGUUUGCCAACUACUAUGAAACAUUUGUUUGUGAAAAUGCAAAAGCAGGACAGCUGAUACAGACUGUGAGCGCAAUUGACAAAGAUCAGCCUCCUCGAGGACACAAAUUUUUCUUUGAGUUGGCGCCAGAAUUUGCUGUUCACCCUAACUUCUCCAUUGUAGACAACAAAGAUAACACAGCAGGAAUUCUGACUAGAAGAAAUGGAUACAGCCGUAGUAAGAUGAGUACCUAUUUUCUGCCAAUCAUAAUAUUUGACAACGACUACCCGAUCCAGAGCAGCACGGGCACGCUGACCAUUCGAGUGUGUGCCUGCGACAGCCGGGGGAACAUGCAGUCCUGCAGUGCUGAGGCCUUGCUCCUCCCUGCCGGCCUCAGCACAGGAGCACUGGUUGCCAUUCUCCUCUGCAUCAUUAUCCUCCUAGUAUUAGUUGUCUUGUUUACGGCUCUCAAGAGACAGAGGAAGAAAGAACCCUUGAUCAUCUCCAAGGAUGAUGUUCGGGACAACAUUGUGACCUACAAUGAUGAAGGAGGUGGGGAAGAAGAUACCCAGGCUUUUGACAUUGGUACACUGAGAAAUCCAGAAGCGAGGGAGGAAAGUAAGAUGAGAAGAGAUGUCAUCCCAGAAACAAUAUUUCAAAUAAGGCGGACCGCACCUCUUUGGGAAAACAUCGAUGUCCAAGAUUUUAUUCACAGAAGGUUAAAGGAAAAUGAUUUAGACCCAGCUGCCCCUCCUUAUGAUUCACUAGCAACAUAUGCCUAUGAAGGAAAUGAUUCCAUAGCAAAUUCACUCAGUUCCCUGGAGUCACUUACCACUGAAGGCAAUCAAGACUAUGAGUACCUCAGUGACUGGGGACCUCGGUUUAAAAAACUGGCAGAUAUGUAUGGUGGAGAGGAUAGUGAUCGAGACUGAGAAAAUAAUCUGUGACCUGGUCAGUGUUAGUGGAAUUCAUGUCUAUGUUACUAGAUAAAGUGGCCUACUCUCUCUUACUUGGGAAUAAAAAAUUUACAAAAAAUAAGUGUUGUCUUAGUAAGGGUUUGCUUAAUCAAUAAGUCAACGUGAAUGAAUAUGAAUGAUUUAGAUUUUUAAAAAUCUAUAAUUCACCCUCUCUGCCUAGAAGCCUCAGAUGAAAGGGUUUUAUUUAGAAUGAAAAGAAAAAAAAAAGGCUUUUUGUGCCUUUAAUAAUGACAUGGAAACUCCAUUUUUUUAAAUUGCUUUGCAUUACUUUUCCUACUGUCUUGGACAGUGUGAACCUGCAUUGUAACAUAAUCUCAAAAAUAUACUUCAAACCGAUUAAUAUUACUGCCAUAUUUCUUGAGUUAAAGAAUUUCUGUGUGUUGAUUCAUCCCAAUAUUUUUAUAUAUGUAUAUUUAUAUUUUUGUAUUUUUAUUAAAUAAAUUAGUAUUUAUAAAAACACUA